AUGCAGAGGGAGACGCAGUGGGGUGCAGAGUCGCACAUCGAGCAGUACGAUGAGCCAGAGGAGGACGACGAUGAGCUCGAGGCGCUGAGAGCAGGCGAAGGUACUUCGUCACGCCCGCGCUUUGAGGAGAAUGGCCUGCUGGGAGGCCAGGACGAUAGCGGCGAGCAAGCUAAUAUCUCAAGCCGCACUGUCGCCCCACCAAUGACUAUUGUGAUUGACAAUGAGGAAGACGAAGGCGCAUCCUCAGAGGCGGGCCCAUCGACACGCCCCCUCCCGACUCGAAGCUGCGAGGCUGCGAUACCAAAGUACAUCCCCGCGGGCCACUUCAACGCCGUUUCCAUGGACGGCCACAUCCUGCGCUUCGAGAGGAGAAGAAGACUGAAAGGAUGGAAACCACCCCCACCCCACUUUGGCGACGAGCGCAGCACCGGCCUUCUCUCACGUCCCGUUCACCAGAUCAUCGACGCUAUCAAGGCGCAGGAAGCAGAGGCAAUCGUAUCAGCCAGCGAGGCAGCCCUAGUCGAGUCUGUCGCCCCUUCCGCCUCUACAUCAGGACCACGCCAAGGAGACGGCAAGGUCUGGGUCGAGCGCUACAGACCGAAGCGCUUCACGGAGCUACUCGGAGACGAACGGGUGCAUCGCGAGGUCAUGGGAUGGCUCAAAGAGUGGGACUCUUGCGUCUUCAAGCGCAAGGCGAAGCGAAAAUUCAAGGACAUGCCGCAGACCUCUUCAGGCCUGUCUGCUCCUGCCGAGUAUCGCGACCCUUACGACCGACCACAGCAGCGAGUGCUCCUCAUAUCAGGCGCGCCAGGUCUCGGCAAGACGACGCUCGCUCACGUCCUCGCCAAGGCGGCAGGCUAUGGCGUCUACGAGCUCAACGCCAGCGACUCUCGUACAUCUGGCGCAGUGACGGAUACAAUCAAGAUGGCCCUCGAGUCGGCCUCGCUCAAAGACUCGCGCCCAACCUGCCUCGUCGUCGACGAGAUCGAUGGAGCUACGGGAGGAGGUGGCGGCUUUGGCUUCGGCGGCGGAGGCAAUGACGAGUCUCGAGGCUUCAUCAAGGCGUUGGUGGACCUCGUCGAAGCAGGCAAGGGGAGUGCCGGACCCAAGGGUAAAGGAGGCAAAGGCAGCGGUGGAGGAAAGAAGCGCAAACACAAACCUCUACUGCGCCCGAUCAUCUGCAUUUGCAACGACCUCUACGCCCCUGCCCUCCGCCCUCUUCGCCCGCACUGCAGGCUCAUCCGCUUCCAGAAGCCAACGCAGAACCACCUCGUAUCUCGACUCAAAUCCAUCUGCGAGCGCGAGGCCAUCUCAGCCACGUCUCGCUCCCUCUCUCUUCUGGCCGAGCUCACGCAGGGCGAUAUCCGCUCAUGUCUCAAUGCGCUACAGAUGGCAAAGCAAAAGCAGCCGCGCAAGGCUAUGAAUUCGCCCCUCGACUUAACCGAGAGCGAUAUCCGCGACGCAGGCAAGGACGGCUCUACGAGUCUCUCUACAGUCUGGAGCGCCCUCUUUCGUACAGCCUCCCCUCGCGAGCGUGCCCGCAAGACGCAGCCACACGAGGGUCCGGCUCUGACCCGCCACCUCGUCUCCCUCGUGCAAUCAUCAGGCGAACACACCCGUCUCCUUCAAGGGUGCUUCGAGCACUACCCGAAGCUCAACUUCGUCGACGACGGCUGGUGGCGUAUCCGUUCCGUCCUUCACUGGGCCGACUUCGCCAUGGAGCUGCAGGAUAAGGCCUUCUCUGGCUCAAUGUUUGAGCUCAUGGGGUAUGUACCCUACUCAUUCGUUCGCUGGAAUCACCUGUUCGCAAAUACGGUCAAUCCCGUCCCGGAAUGGCCGCGAGCCGACUACGAAGAGCGACUCAAGCGGCAAGCCUUCAACGAGAUCGCACUCGAGCUCCACGGUACGCUGCCGCCUACUCUGCGCUCCCUCUUUGGCCGCGAGGCCGUGGUCCGCGAGCUAGGCCCCCUGCUAAUGCGCAUCCUGACACCGGACCUGCGUCCCGUCAACCAGCAAAUCGUCAAGACUGACGAGCGAGAGACGCUUCAGCGCCUUGUGACGGUGAUGCUCGACCUCAAUCUCGACUUUGUGCGAGACAAGACAGAGGAGGGACAGCUGGUGUACCGCCUAGAGCCACCUUUGGAGGUUUUUACUUCCUACGACGGCAAGAGGAGCGGGUCCGUGAAUGUGGGAAGGUACGCUGUGCGACAGAUCGUACAGCGUGAGGUCGAGGCGGAGCGUGCAAAGAAGGCCCGAGGUGCGGCGGCUGUGGCAUCGGGAGCAGCGGGAGGAGCAGCCGGUGCUUUGGCUGCGUACCGCAAGUCUGACGCCAAUGCAGCUGGCGCAGUGGUCAAGAAGCAGAAGGUGGCUCUGGACUUCUUUGGACGACCAGUAGCCCCGAAAGCAGCCAAGCCGAGCGCUGCUGCCACUUCGCCUGCCCUUCCAGCGCCCAUUCUCGCUGCUCGUCAGGCGAAGGAUGCAGACACCGUCACGGUCAGGUCAGCACCGCCGGCUACAAAGCGUCUCAAGGUCCACUACCGUCACAACGAAGGCUAUUCAAAUGCAGUCAGGCAGCCCAUCAAGAUGAGCGCGCUUCUCUGA